UCCGGUUUCCCUUCUUCAUCAUGGGUUGCCUGGGUGGUUCGGUUCUCCGCCGCCUACUGCUGGCGGUGAUUGCAACGGAGAUGCUGCAGGUUGUUGUAGCAGUUACUGAACAGGAUGAGGCCGGUUCAUUGAACAGAAGUAGUUUUCCAGCUGGCUUCGUCUUCGGAACUGCCACCUCAUCUUAUCAGAUUGAAGGCUGUGCAAAUGAAGGUGGGAGAGGGCCGAGCAUAUGGGAUACAUUCACGCAAAAGCAUCCUGGUCACUCUCUUAUGCACAGACACGCACUACAGUUUUCUGAGCUCUUUACUAUUAAUUUUAUUUUGGAAGAUUAAUUGGAAAAGUACGAUCAAAAUCAUGAAGUUUUAUAACAUCGGCAUAAACAAGCGCGCUUGUUGCGUUAGCACAGACUAGACUCCUUUUGGUUGUCAAAAGGUUCAGUCUUGGGCCUAGUCCUAACCCUUGGUUAUCCUAC